UGGUGUCGCAAGGCCCGGGGAGUCUUUGCUUCCGGGACUGGGUGAAAUGGCGGAGGUGGUGGCGCUGGUGUGGGUUCGCGGCCCCGGCGUUGGGUGCAGGGCGGUGCGGGAUGUCUCGGACGCGUGCUCCGUCCAAGACCUUAUCCACCGCCAUUGCCAAGACCAGGGUGUCCCCGUGGAAUGCUUCUUCGUGAAAUGCAACGGCGUGCUCGCUGACGCCGGUGACACAGUGCAGCAUGGAGCUGUUUAUAGUUUGGAGCCCAGACUUCGCGGUGGAAAAGGAGGCUUCGGGUCUAUGCUCCGAGCCCUCGGUGCGCAGAUUGAGAAGACAACCAAUCGAGAAGCUUGCCGGGACCUCAGUGGGAGGAGACUCCGAGAUGUCAAUCAUGAAAAAGCGAUGGCCGAGUGGGUGAAGCAGCAGGCCGAGCGCGAGGCUGAGAAGGAGCAGAGGCGCCUGGAACGGCUGCAGCGGAAGCUGGCGGAGCCCCGGCACUGCUUCGCCAACCCCGACUACCAGCAGCAGUGCCACGAGAUGGCCGAGCGUCUGGAGGAUUCCGUCCUCAAAGGUAUGCAGGCUUCCUCCAGCAAGAUGGUGUCAGCAGAAAUGGGGGAGACUCGGAAGCGGCCUCACAAACCAGAAGCAGACGGAGGAUCCGGUGCCCCGAAAAGGAAAUGCUUUUGGCUGGGCAUGGAAGGACUGGAGACGGUGGAGGGGUCCGGCUCUGACAGCUCGGAUGACGACAGUGACGAAGCCCCUGGCACCUCGGGAAUGAGCUCGCCUGUGCCGAGCAGUGACAGUGCUGGAGUGGAGAGGGCAGGCGGGGCUCCCAGGAGUCCUCAGAGGGCAGGAGCACGGAGCACAGACUGUAGCUCACCAGAACUUCCGAGCCCUGGGGCUGGCCCUGGGAACGGUAUUUCAGACAACCUGUGCGCCCCGCUGGGGGACACAUCUACCCAGGAGCGUGUGGAAAGGAAGGCGGCAGCGGAAACAGAGGCAGCCCCGGAGGAAAAGGAGGCCGAGAGCCGGGGACCCAGAGAAGCAGCAGCAGCUGCGGCCGGACUGAAUCAGGAGAAAGAGACAGAAGUCACUGAUGGGGCGCGAGCGGCCAGGGCAGCACCUGGAGAAGACGGGGAGAGCAUUCCCAGCACCAAACGGGGGGACAGCCAGGCAGGAAGCACAGCGGUGGGUCAGGGAUCUGUGGAUUUACUGGCCUUCAGCUCCGUGGCAGAAAUGGAGUCGCUGGGUCUGGAGAAGCUCAAGUGCGAACUGAUGGCCCGGGGGCUGAAGUGCGGGGGCACCCUCCAGGAGCGGGCCGCCCGGCUCUUCUCCGUCAGGGGCCUGGCCCCGGAGCAGAUCGACCCCGCGCUGUUCGCCAGGCCCCUGAAAGGGAAGAAGAAGUGACUCCCCGAGCUGAUGUCCUGUGUCCUUCCGGUCUAGCACUUACAACCCGCACAACGCUGGCUCUUGGCCAUUAUUCCUGUUGACGCUAAAGCUGGCUUUUUCAUGAGCCAGUUCUCAUCGCCCGCGUUCCCAUUGUGGCAUUUAUAGAAUUAAUGGGUGAAACCCUCUGAGCCUGACUCUGUGGGGAGGGUUUUCAAUAACAAAUUUAAUUUAAUAAACAUGACUAUUCCGAUUUCUGGUAAGUUAUGUUUUCAAGGAAUUUUUCCAUUUGACCCAAGUUGUCAGAUUUGUAGGAGUCUGUAGAGGUCGCAGUGGUAACUUUCUUUUCACCUGAGGUUUUUUUGUUUUGUUUUUUUUCAUCUGAGUUUUUAAAUGAUUUCCUGAAAGGGAGAAAGCCAUACCAUAAUUCUUUCACAGUAUUAGCAGGGUCCUCUGUGUAAGUAUGGCUAUCACAUAGACAACAGCAAGUCAAUGAAAGGCCCUGGGAAAGCUGGAUGGUAAUAGUUCUUUAAGAAGUCACGUGGCUAUUCGAAGAGAUCACGGGGCUUAAAGUCGUAGCAAAAGGAAAAACAUUUUCUGUGAUCCCAAAUUUUGUUGAAAUUGGCCACUAGAUUCAGUGGGGGCAGGUGGGAGUUUGUAAGCGUGAGUGAAAUACGUAUGCUCAACAUUUGGCCUAAUCUUUCCGAGGGUGGUACAGACUGCAUUUGACCGUAGAUGGGUGGAAAAGGCUCAGGUUGCAAAAAGAACUGUAUUUUUUCCUCAUUGUGAUCUUUUAGUAAUGCUUCGGACACUUGCCUUGUUUCAUGAUGAUAGUAACAACCGCGUGAAGACAUUGCUCUUUGUUUUUCUUGGUUUCUGUUCCUUGGAACUAUGUCUGAGCUCCCCUCCACUCCCUUUUCUGUAAUGUUUUAAGUUUUUAUUUCGGCCCAAAUAGCAUUCUUUGACAUGGUCUAGCCAAUCCUUUCAUUGUUUUUAUUUUUUUGUCUUUUCCUGGUAUUCUUACAGUGGUCUCUUUUUUUGUUUUUUUUUUAUUGAUUUUUAUAGAGGAAGAGAGGGAGGUGGGGAGGGAGGGAGAGAGAGCAUGAGAGAAACAUCGAUGUGAGAUGGGCAGUCUCUUCCAUGCUCCCUACCAGGGAUUGAACUCGAAACCUGGGCCUGUGCCCUGACUGGGAAUUGAACUGGUAACCUUUUAGUGCCCAACCACUGAGCCACACCAGCCAGGGCUCUUUCUUUUGUGUGUGUGUGUGUAUUUUUUUUUUAAAUAUUUUUAAAUUUAUUGGGGGGGGGUGUCUUUUUUUUCAAAAAUGGAUACACUUUCUGAACCCUCACAUAUCUGACAGUGAUUUUCUGUUGCCUAUGCAUAUGCAAUACCUUGUCUUUUCCUUAUAAACAAUAGACAUUUGCUAUUUUCUGGCAUAUGGUUUUGUGGAAGAAAAGCUUUAUGCCCAUUUUGAGUUUCUUUUUUUUAGUGUAUAAAAUGGGAGUUUUCCUCCUUAGACACUUCAAUAUUUUUCCUUUGUCCUUCAAAUUAAAAAAUGUCACCAAGAACCCUAGCCGGUUUGGCUCAGUGAUAGAGCGUCAGCCUGCGGACUGCAGGGUCCUGGGUUCGAUUCCCGUCAAGGGCACGUACCUCAGUGGCAGGCUUUUCCCCGGCCCAGGCCCUGGUCGGGGUGCAUGCAGGAGGCAACCAGUUGAUGUGUUUCUCUCACAUCAGUGUUUCUCUUUCCCUCUCUUCCAGGCCCUCUAAAAGUCAAUGGAAAAAUGUCCUUGGGUGAGGAUUGAAAAAAAACAAAUAUCCCCAGGUUAUUUCUGGGUCUGGUCUCUUCCUUAAUAUUUCUUCCUAUUGGGAGACCCUUUGAGGUCUGAAGACCAGCCUUUUAUUUUAAACUAUCGUUUUCCUGUUACUUAAUUGAUUAUUGCUUUUAUUCUCUGCCCGGUUCCCAUGGAACCUCAUUUUCUGUUGUAUCCAGUUUGCUGUUUGCCACUCCUCUUGUGUCUGCCAGUUCAGCAGUUAGGUUUUUCCUUUA